AUGCUGGAGGACCUACAGGAGCGCCUCACCCAGCAGCAGAACAAAAUCUUCGAGCUCGAGGAGACGGUCGACAGAUUAAGGAACCAGUUGGCCGACACCCAAGAAGAGAACGAGCUUCUCGAAUUCCAGCGAAUCGAGAAGGAGAUCGAGAUCGAGACCAUUAAUGAAUCCCUGCAUAAUGCCAGUCUGUCCGAAGAGCCAUUUGAAGACUUGGAGCAGCCGACGGUCAGCCAAAUGAGCACCCUCGAUAAAUCAGAGUUGAAAACACGGCUUUCCGAGAUGCGAAACAGCAAAAAUCUUCCCAUCGAGCAGCGAAAAGCCAUGGCAAACGCGCUGGCGUAUUUGGAAUCGUUAGAAAAUUUCCAGCAAAGCAACGUGUCUCAAACAAAAGAUUGGGCCGAUCGUGAGGAGCAAUAUAUUGAUCGUAUCGAAAAGUUGCAGGAAGAGGUCGACUCGGUGCAGCAAAAGAAGAAACAAGCGAUAAGCAUGGAGAUCCAGCUGUCCGAGAUGAAACAAACAACGCUAGAGCUGGAGCGGGCCAAGCAGACGCAACUCAAAGAAAUGGACAAGCUUCGCUUCGUGCUCCAACAAAAAGAGGAGCAGCUAGCCAUGCAGAGUCUUCCGGAUGCGGAUGGAGCAGAGGCGCAAAAGCUUCGCGAAGAAGUUCGCCGACUUGAAAUCGAAGUCGAAAAGCUCCGAAACGAGCAGAGACCUGCUAUCAGGACGGAUCUGGAGCGGCGCUAUGAAGAGACCAAGUACCGGCUGCACGCUGCCCUGGAGAAGUGUAGCCAAUUUGAGAUCUUUGUCGAAGCCGCCAAAAAACGCGAGAACAAAGAGUUCGCCUCGGCGCUCCAGGAGGAGAUCAUCGAGAUCAAGACGUACAACGAGCAUCUGGAGCGCCAAUUCCACGCCCAGACCGAGAUCAUUGACGCGCUGAAGCACAAGAUUAUCCAGAACCGACUAUUCGGAGAACUGGUCGCAAAAUGCGAGAAGCUGAGCCUUGGCGAAUGUGAGAGGGAGAUCUUCCGCCUGGAGGCCGAUCACCCCGAAGAUCGUGAUCUGAUCAAGGGAUGUCAGGCGUUGCGCAGGGUUUUAAAGAAAACCCCGUACGCCCAAGGAAAUUCACCGCUGCAAAUCGCCACCCAUUCCAAGGUCCGCCCCUCAAACUCCACCGACUCUUCUGGCUGUCUAUCAGCCGGCAGUGAUGGCAUGGGAUCCCCUGGCACCGAGCGGGCUUCUGACGAGGAAUGGCCACACCAUGGCACGAAGGCCCUCUCGACCUGUGACCGAAGUAUUUCCGCU